CGUUAAGAAUUGACCAUCCCAAGAAUAUGGUCAAGGAUAUGUGUGUCCAGACGAUGCCAGAAAAUAUAUUCGCUAAGCCAAUGACCGAGUGCGUCUCCAAUGAGGCAGCAAUGGUAACAACCGCAUCGGGACCGGGACCAUCCAACGUUUCAAACAAUGACUCUAACUUCGUCGAGUGUCCCAUGGAUUUCGACGGCAACGAUAUUAUUGGCUACUCGCCGGCAUGGAAGUUCGAUAUCUUGCCCGAUGGAACUUUCAAGACAUCGACUAUCUACGACCCCUUACGCGACGGGCAUGUGCCGUUGGUUGCGCGCGAGGUCAGCGUCACGGAUGGCCCCCUGAUACUUUUAGUCGGGGACGAGGAAGGCCAAGUGCACUACAAUCACAAGGACAGGGUGCAAAUGGACAUCGGGAAUUCCACGCUGCACGUGCUCGACCCCACCGAGGAAGCCGUCUUGCUGGUGAACGAGAAAGUUCCAUUGGAUUUGAACGAGCUGAUCGUAAAUACGCCCAUUGGACAGGAGUCGCAGGGCAGUCAAACUGAUGAACAUGCUGAUGUCGAGAAUUCGUAUUCGAAUUCGAAUUCGAAUUCUUCUGGUGACCAGAAGAAGUCUCGCAUCGCCUUUGAACAACUCGAUAUUGAGCUUCCCACUGACAAAAAAUAUCUAAAGCAAACAAUCAUUUAAGCUAUCAAUAACACAACACACACAUAUAAAUGGACGUCUCGAUAUUGAGUUUCCCACUGAGAAGAAAACACUUAAAACAAACAAACAAACAAACAAACAUCAAAGCUAUCAGAGACACAAACACACACACAAAUGAGCGACUCGAUAUUGAGUUUCGCGAUGGGACAAGUUUCCCACAGCAAACAAAGAACUGAACUUCAAUGAUCUGUAAACACCAAAACACAUGCAAAUGGCUGGAUAGUUCUUGGAACGAACAAACAUCGAAUUUAAAAUUUACACUUACAUUUAUACACUUGUGAUCGAUUAUUGCCAUGCAAUGUAAAGGAGAAUGAAUUUAAAAUAUAUAAAUAUU